AUUCGGUGAUAUGUUGGAAUCAGCUGCAAUGAUUUUGGUGCAGUCUUACAAAGCGUUGGGGAGGACAUCAGAAAUGUUGAAACAGCUGAAAGUGCUAUUUGGUUCAGUCACUGCUAUUCCUGCCCAAGUUUUCCUUACUGGGAUCUUUUGAGGCGGUUGCACUCCAUGAAUACUUUAAAGCUUGGCAGCUCUUCGCAAUCCUCGGCAUUACCUCUCCAAAUAGAUGAAUGUACAACUGAUUCCACUUCCCUAGUUGAAGAAAAGUCAUGCAAUGGAACAGCAAAUAUUUUGGAACACAGAGACCAGUCUAAGGGAGAGAACACCACGAAACAAUCAAUUCUGGAGUUUUCUAGACGGAGAACUCCAUUUUGGUGGUUUCGUACAGUAACUUUGAAGUUUGGAAGCAGUCGCUUGGUUUUAUCAAAUGGAAGCAUCUUUCUUGGUUUUUUGGUGGCACUUGUUUACUAUAUUGCGAGGAGAAAACAAGCCUCUUUAUGGAGUAUUGUUAAGAGACAAGCUUCGUCUACGAAGAAGGCUUUGGUUGAUUUCUGGCAACUUGCAUUCUCAUAUCAAGUGAACCCUCUUGCUGCUGUUCAACCGCUCCCGCCUGCAACACGUGGAAGCCGGUGAUGCACAAUUUUGUUCCUCAUACCAGAGGUGUUACUUGUAGAUAAAUAAAAGAUAUUGCUACUAUCAUCUUAAGUUGGAGAGGAAAUUGAUUUUGAUAAUUGACAAAGAUUGUUGGAAGAAGCAGGUUCCUUGACACAUCGUUCGUGAUAUCACACGUCAAACAAAUACUUAAGAACCAAGUCCCUAAUAAUACUGUUGAUUAGAGGCAGCAGACAUUGUUUGUAUGUAUGUAGAGGUUCCUUUACAGUAAGGUCUCAAUUUUUGAAAAAAGUCAUGCAACUCCAACUCCACUUUUAUUAACUCAUGGUGUAUGGACAAAACGAUGGAGAAAUUUUACGUUACUCUGUGAAUCGCAUAACCAACAUUACUUAUGUGAGGUGGUUUAAAACUCAAUAUUUUGUCAAUUACCUUUGAA